AUGCCCAUUGAGCUUUUCAAGAACCCACUUUCCACCAGUGAACCUCCUGGUCACUUUGCUAGAGGCCCACACUCGCAACCACCGGUCAACUCGGCUGCUCAGAAACCUCUCCAGACGAAUAACACGUUUAACAACCUUCUUUUGGACGACCAGACGUUUCCAACAUGGCCUUUACCAUACUCUUUGUGGGUGUGCAAAGAUGGCGAUUCCGACUGGGGGAUGGCGUUUAACCAUACUGACUCUUCUCAGUUUGUGUUUGGACCCGACCCAGAACAGAAUCCAGCGCAGUUUUUCUUCAAUCCGCCUAAGAUCAAGUCUUUUGCUUUCACUGCCCCGGAUUUCGGGAACAACUUGCGUGUUUCCACGAUCAAGAACGAGAAACUCGCUGCUUUGGUGGAAUUGACCAACGGCAAGGGCCGGAUUUCCAUGCCUUUGGCGUACGGAAUGGGCUUUGUCACUGGUAUUUAUGAGAACUUGGUGCCUGUGCUUUCUUCACAGGUAGGUUUCAUGGAGUUUAAAAAGGUUGGUAUUGUCAACCAGAAUCGAACUGCAAAGUAUACAGUCAAGUUGUUUAACCAGAUUGUAUGGCUGAUCUACCUUAGUGGUGACCCUAGUAUUGAUUUGCAGUUGGCAGACAACAACCAUAUCGUUGCCAGUGGACCUUCCAGGCUUUGCGUGGUGCAAGUCUGUAAAGGAGACUCUCCAGCGUAUGACGAUGCAUGCGGAAAGUAUCCAAUUGACGUUAAGCUUUCAGGAUCUGUUGACCCGGACCAGAAAACAGGAACCUAUGCUUUCAAUUAUGAGACUCAUGGUGUAAGCAAUUCGGGCUCCACGUUGGUCUGGUGCCUUCCUCACCACCAAAUGACACUCAAGGAAGAUAUCAAAAAGAGAGAUAGCGGCAUGCAGCUAGACUCCACCACUAAUGGCCCAAUGAGAGGCUACGUUACUGAUAAAUUGGAAAUGGUGGUUCCAGAUUUGCCUUUAGACAUUGGCUUUGAGCCUUGGACUUCUGUUGAUGGCUUUAAGUUCGACAGUAAGAACUAUACUGACGAAGUAAAGCAGCUCAUUGGCCAGGUGGCCAGCCAGGAAGUCGAGCAAGAUGUGGCAGGCCAGUGUGAUCUAGACUCGAUGUACUUUGGUGGUAAGCAAUUGGACAAGUACGCUUACCUUGCUCUUGUGACCCACUAUGUGCUUCGAGACCUGGCCCUUACCGCAAAAAUCUUACCGAAGGUUAAAGCCGCCAUAGAGAAGUACGCCAGCAACCACCAGCAACAUCCGUUAAGGUACGACGAGAGCUGGAAAGGUGUGAUUUCGGAUACCCCACCUGACCAGGAUUUCGGUAACUCCAACUACAACGAUCACCAUUUCCAUUACGGCUACCAUAUUCAUGCCAUUGCAAUUGUGGCCCGCAUUGAUCCCGGUUGGUUAUCGGCCAACAACAAUUUGAUCCAUGAUUAUGCGCUUACGUUGGUAAGAGACUACGGUAACCCCUCAGACAGUGAUCCAUUUUUCCCACAGUUUCGUAAUUUCGAUUGGUUUCACGGACAUUCUUUUGCCCAUGGUAUUUUCCCUAGCGGUGACGGCAAGAAUGAGGAGUCUUCUUCUGAAGAUUACCAUUCUGUGUAUGCUCUCAAGCUUUACGCAAAGAUUAUUGGAAACCAAGAACUAGAAAUGUCUGCAAAUUUGAUGCUUGGUAUCAUGAAGACAUCGUUGAACUUGUACAUGAUGUAUACAUCAGACAACCAAAUCUUGCCGCCUCGUUUUACCGCUAACAAGGUUUCGGGUAUUCUUUUUGAGAACAAGAUAGACUUCGCCACAUUCUUCGGCAGAGGAACUGUGGGAGACGAGUACGUGCAUGGUAUCCACAUGAUUCCCAUCACUCCUAUGUCAUCGUACAUAAGAGGGUCGAGGUAUGUCAAGGAGGAGUGGGAUGCUAAGUUGGCGGGAAUCGUUGAUAAGAUCCCAGACGGGUGGCAAGGUAUUUUAAAGUUGAAUGCUGGUUUAUUCGACCCUAAGUACUCUUGGAAAUGGUUUUCUCGGAAUGACUGGCAGGACAAUUUGAUUGAUCCGGGAAUGACCAGAUCAUGGGCUUUGGCAUAUUUGGCCGGAAUUGGCGGCGCCCGCUAA